UAGGCUACUUGAAUACUCUCCAUUGAAGGAGAUACCAUGUAGGAGGAAAGUGUCACGUGACAAAUUCACUCAAUGGCGGAGGAUUAAACAGACGGACUAUCGAAGGGAGUCUUGGGGUACUGAACGGAACCUUCCCGACCUGGGUAGGAUAAAGCUGCCGGUAAAAGGGGUGUCCUCGCCGACCGCCAUUCAUUUAUGACGUGCCCUCCUUUGCAAGCCCGUCAACCACUUCAUGCCGACAUGAGCUGGGACCCAUACCAUGGCUUUGGAAGAGGCACACCAUGGGCUGCUUUCCACUCGGAAGGAACCACCCCACCCCGCCAGACCAUGUUAUACAGAUGCAGCCAGAUUUGAAGGGUUGCAUCCGGCAUGUGCCCAAACAUCAGAUAGGAUAUUCUAUCAGCCCCAGUGGCGGACUUUCUCCUGCUAGCAAUGGCUGACCUUAGCUCACUAAGUGAGAAAGCCUUGGAGCAUUCGUCCGUCCACCAUGGGACCGUUUGACGUUUGGGCCGCUUACCGGAAGAGGAGGGAAUACAACUCUCAGCUAUGGAUAGGAUAUUAUCAGUCAACUUCCGAUUAAAAUGUUCCAGCUCAUCCAGAUCAAAGUCAGAGAGAGAGAGAGAGUCCCAGACACAAUCUUUUGAAUUCACACCAAUCAGCCUUUUCAAAGUUAAAGGAUGGUUGGCAAGUCUCAUGUGAAUUUGACCCUCCGAUAUUAACAUUGUGGAGGACUAUAAGGCAAGGAAAGUGAUCCGACCCAAGAUUGUCGUCUAGGACCCCCCAUGACGCGACACCUGCCAAACAGACACUGACAAUGCACGUGGAAUUACCUUGUGCAUCAAACCUGGUGGGUGCACCAUCAUUCAGGACUACCAAGUUUGAGUCUUCCAUCCAAGUACAGACGUCCUCACCGUAUUUACAGACUUUGGAGCAACCCCACACUGGGUGAUGUGCAAUGAAGUCCCCAGUGUAUACCAGUUUCAUUAUAUUUGUUUUACUCCGUAUAUUACUCUCGAGUGUAGUAAGAGCCUGAAUGUUACAGCCCCGAGAGUAGACAUUUAUAAGAACAAAGGGUUGGUGCUUUGUUGGGUAAACAAUAAUUGCCAGUGCCUCUAUGGCUGUGCCGCCAUCAAUUUUUAACGGAACAGUGAUUGAAAGAGUCUGGUAUUGGAUAUUGUGCUUUAUAUAAAAGUAACAUGCUUGCUAAAUAUUGAACUUUAAAAAAAGCAUACAACUGGACUCUACGCGCAAAUAUUAUGUGUUUGUCAUUCAAAUUUAUGUGCACACGCCGUCGUAAAGAAAUAGAUGAAAAAACUCUAAAACGAUUUAGCUACAAUAGGUCAAAGAACGGUAUAUUUUGACUAAACACAGUUUCAAGUAACACAACUGUCUAAUUUCAAUUUGUUAACAAUUUACAACCAAUCUUUCAGCUUAUACAUUCAAAAACCUAUUUCUUACGGCUUUUAGAAACGUGGAAAGGUGGAACAAAAAACGAGAGGAGCUUACACGUGAUUCUGAUGGAAAUUCCAAAACUAGGAAUUAUUUUCUUAUCUCCCUUGCUUCCACGUCAGUAUUUGUUUACGAUGGAAUCUACUUUGCCUCAUAUAUCCGAUCUUCCACCGGAUAAGGAUUUCCAUUUGUUUGUAUGUUAUAUUCGGGAGAAUUUACAUGAUGUGCACACAAUUGUCGCUAACCUUGAGGGGGCAGGAUUGCGAUGUUGUUACCAUGAGCGUGAUUUUACACCAGGGAGUUCCAUAUUGACUAACAUGAUUGACACUAUCAGACGAAGCCGACAUAUGCUAGUUGUUCUAUCCGAAGACUUUGUGAACAGUCCAUAUGCUGUUCAUGAACUUAACGAGGCACUGCACAUCCGAAUAAGCGAGGGUUACUCUAUAAUCCCUAUAAAAAUCGAGCCAUGUCAGGUGCCGGAUGCGAUAAAACACAUCACCUGGAUCGAUGCAGAAAACGAUGAUGUAAAUGACAUGCACCAUAAGAUCAUCGAUGCCUUAUUAAAAACAGACACGAGUUUGGAGCUGAAAAACAUCAACAAUGGCCAGUCGUUGUCCUUUAAGCUGGUGCCUUUCGCUGGUUGUCUAAGCUUUAAAAGAUACAGGCUUGUAUUGGACUACCUCGACAGACAAGAGAUUUGGAGGAACAGGUUUAAGUUGAGCACACAGAAUUUGGACACAUUGGAAGAGGUUGUGACUAAAUCGGCCUUUGUCCGAUACCAGCACGUAUUCAACAGAUUCAAGUUUAUAACAUUUCUUGUUUACAUCUUAAUGUUGGUCGUGUCGAUGUUGGUCAGUUCCGUCUUUACCACAGUGGCGGCGGCUCACGGGACGCAACGUUAUUCUGCCUAUUCACCAAAAACGAUAUCAGGUUGGGUACUUUGGAUAUCAAUGACAUGCAUGGUACCUCUAUUAUGCUGUUGCGCGGACUGCCUGCCGUGCUCUCAGCUAACGAAUGGUUUGCGAAUAAAGGCAUGGAGAAGAAUGAUGGACGAACUAUGGGUGAUGAAUAAAAGGGCAAGAAAACUGAAGUUCGUUAUCUUAUAUGACCUCGAUAGGGACGUUCUAAGAAUAAUGCGGUACAACUUCAAUCCUUGUAUGGCAUAUUUUAUUCGACGAUGUGAAAGGAAAGAGGCGAUGCAAAAAUUGAAGGCCGAGGAUGAAACGUUAAAAGACUACACCGUUCGUCUAUUCGAUGCGUUUUUGAAAUCGAACGUCGACCGCCUGUUCCACCCAGAGCCCGGUCUGGAGCGCCACAAGAUGACGAAUGGUGCUCGCUGUAUUUGCAUUCAAGUGGAAGAAUCACUGGAUCUUGACAAGUUGUAGAUAUUUAAUAUCAUGAUUCAACGUUUGUUAACUUUGACUACGUGAAUUGCGUUGUUACAUAGUGAAACGAAAAGUAAAAUAUACUGUAAUUGUAAACAUUGUUUACAAUGCGCAGUAGGAAUAUCACUUCUUAUUUCAUGCUUUUGUUGGUAUAUCCAAAAAAAAUAAGUAAAUAUUCACUCGUUUCAAAUGUAGUUCUUGGUGCUAACUCUGUGCUACAUAUUGCUCUCUUAGAAUUAUUAUAAAACCAAUAAUUAUCCUUUAUAUGAAUGUUUGGUCUCCAAAAUAGCCACGUUCAAGAUACACAUGUUCCAUAAAUGUUUUUAACCAUCCGUUCAACUGUUUUCAAAUAUGUAAUCCUUAAAUUACAUUUCUUCUGAGAACUAAGUACAACCUGAAUCAAUCUUUUAACACUAUUAACACAUUUGUAUCCAUUAUGUGUAGUAAACACAGUCAGAUUUUUAGAAAUAAGCUUAGAAUCUCAAAAUUUGUAUUUAGUGCUAUGACAAAAACAUACUCUUGCUAUCUGCUUCUAGAUUUGGUGUAAUGUAUUGAUUUAUCUAUUUUAUACUAUAAAUGUGUAUCUUGUCUAGCUAAAACUAAUACUUGUCAGUUAUUAAUGUGUUUAAUUGUUGUUUUUGAUGAGGCCAAUUGUGUAUAUAUUAUGAUGGUUGUGGCCAAACCGGGCAUUUAUUCGCCAAUACUAAACUGCUGAGAUUAAGCAUUUUGCUACGAACUGAGCUCUUUGAAAUAAACGUGAAUAAAUUGAAGCAAACAACCACUUUGUAAUGUUAAGCCUCCAAAAUACUAUAGCAACGACGUAUCUCGGCAAGCCUCGUUACUGGCUUACCGACGUGCUCUCGUGUCCAAUAUUUCGAAGGUGAAAUGUACUAAUAUUUUCCGCAAAACGCCCUGCGAGAGGGUUGGAAUGAAUCUAUCUUAAACGAGCGGCCAUGGUAGAUGCUUCUGCCACUUCAGCUAAUCGAAAUAAAUUUAAAACUUUUUAAGGUAUUUUUUUGCAAAGUACAUAUUCACAAAAUAUUUUGAUUCAUGGCAGAAAAACAUUCAAUUUAAACACAGUUAAUCACCCUUCACUUGGUGGCAUGCAGUAUGUAAAUCCCGAUCGCUUUUAAAAUUAUUAUUUCUAACUAAAAAUAAAUUGAUAAUCCGUUGUGCUGUAAAGGGGAAUCAAAUCAAUCAAAAUCAGCUUUUGAAAUUGAAAGAGUUGCUUCACUUUAUUCGAAAAAUCUUAAAAAAAAACAAUAUUCAUUAUCCAUUGUAUUAAAUGAUUACGAUUAAAACUAUAAAUAACAUUUCUUAUAAUUAACCAAAACAUGUCAGAACCAGAUCACUCAAAUAUACGAUGUCUGCAUAAGAGAGAAGAAAAAUAACAAUGUAAUACCGGAGUUGGCAACGAAAGUUCUUUCUACAUGUAGAACGGUUACAGUUACAUGUGAACAUGCAAUUAUAUAUAGUACGAGAUACACAUGUGUCAUUCAAUGUACUUGUUAUUUCUUACAUAUAUUAUUUAUAUUAUUGUUUUCAUAAUAUCGAUAGGAUAUCGUCAAUAGUAAUAUAUAUCACUUUAGUUUUAUAAUAUGUAUUAUUUAUUAUGUACGUAUGUUAAAACUAAACAUGAUAAAUGA